GUGCUUCGUCGGACUGUUUAUAGUGAAGGACGUGUGCUUAUUUUGUUUUGGUGCCGUGUAUGUCAUCCACUAGUGACUGUAUUUUGCUUAAUUCCCACUGUAACAUGUUUUUCUAGCACCCUGCAGCCAUGGCAGCGAGGUUUGUCGACGAUGCUUGAGGAAAAUGGCAGACGACGAACUUGCGGCGUUCAGGGAGCGUUGGAAACAAGAGCUAGAUUGCAAGACAGACAAGCGGCAACUUGUCCACUCCUCAGGUAGUUUUCCCGGCCGGAGAGACUCGCAGAAUCGGUAUUUUGAGGACAUCCGUCACGGUACAGGACAGGACAGCGGUCCCUCCAAAUCAGAGGCGAGAAGCUGCACUGAUGAGAAGGGAUGUGAUGGGGGGAGACAGGAGGCAGGGGAGUCAAAGUUUGAGCCACAGUAUGUGUCCAUCGCCAGUAGUUUGCUGGAUGGAAGGACUAGUCCCCUGCUGGACAGGAUUGAGGAGGAGAGGACAAGAAGAAAGAGGCGAUAUGAAAACAUGACCAAUGCCUGCAGCUCGGCCCUGCAGCAGCAGCAGCAGCUUCAGAAAAGGGCCAAUAAAGGACAGAGGCUGCUGGAUCAACUCAUUGACGACCUGAAUGAGGUCAAUGACAUUCCCUUUUUUGAUAUCGAUUUGCCAUACGAGUUGGCUCUGAAGAUAUUUCAGCAUCUUGGCUGCACUGACCUGGGGCGGUGUGCUCAGGUGAGCAAGGCAUGGAAAAUCCUCGCAGAGGACGGGGUCCUUUGGUUCAACAUAUGCAAGAGGGAGGGGUAUCACCAAGACGCCAGCGUGUCUGACUCCCCCUGCUGGAAGAGCACGCUGCGAGACUGCAGGAACUCCGACCAAACCGUGCGCUCCAACUGGAAGAAUCGUGUGGGAUCCAUCAGCCAGCUGCAGUUUGAGCUGGGGAAAGUGCUGUGCGAUGUCAGCUCCUGUGACAGCUUUGUCUUGGCUGGGUACACGUCGGGGGACGUGAGGCUGUGGGACACGCUGCACUGGGACUCGACAGCCUCCUACCUGAAAGCCAACAGCCUGUCAGCCAACUCCGAGCCCAGGCCGUAUGUCAGCCACGUCCAGGUCAACAGCACGCUGGCUGCUGCUGCUUAUGAGGAUGGCUGCGUUGACCUGUGGAGCACUGAGACAGGUGGAGAGCCCAUCCACCACUACCAGAGUGCAGGCAGGAUCCAGGCCCUGGCCCUCAGCCCCGACAGCCCCACUUUGGCCUCCGCUGCCGGGCCAGAUGUUCGGCUAGACCAGCCCGACGACCGCGGCUACUGGAGGACGCUGUGCCAGGCCCAGCUCCCAAAAGCUGUAGACAGCGUGGUGCUGGUGCCAGGUAGGGGGCAGCAGUGCCCACUGGCCGCCGUGGCAGCAGGGGAGGCCGUCUACCUGCUGGACCCGCGGGCGGAGGAGCCACGGACCCUCCACUCUGUGUACGGCCACCCCGUCACCUGCCUGGAUGCCUCCGACUCCCACGCUGCACUGGGGGUGAAGAGCAGCGGCUGGGCCAUGCACGACGGAGGCAACAAGAUCCAAGUGUACUGCCUAGAGACGAGCCAGUUGGCGGUUGGUGUUGGCAACUCGGCGGGGGAUUUCACUUGCAUCAACCUGAGAGACAGCCCACCCCACCUGCUGGUGUGUGGCAACAAAGACAGGAGGGUGAGGGUGUUUGACCUGCGCACCGGCUCCUCCGUGGCAUCCCUGUACGCCCACCAUCUGGGUGUCACUUCGGUGCAGGCGGACGACUGGAAGAUAGUGAGCGGCGGCGGCGAGGGGCUGGUGUGUGUGUGGGAGAUGAGGAUGGGAGCCAAACUGUGGGAGAUGCACAACAGGCAUCCUGUCAGACAUGUGCGCUUCAACAGCAGCACCCUGGUCACGGCCAACAUCCCAGAUGAGAAGUCUCCUCGGGGAGCCUGCAUCACCGACGAUGACCUCACGGCUCACCGCAGACACAGGGGAGUCGUCUGCCAUUAUGACUUCUCAGAGGACGCCACCAGCCAGGAUCACGUCCUGCCCAUCUGCAGGUCCAAUUACGCUGAGUCGUACGGCUACAACUACAACAUCGGCCUGGUAGUGCCUUACGACGCGCUGUCUGGCUCCCACCCAUCCCACUGACACGCAGCUCCCCCAGCUCAAACUGGGCGACGUGUGUGGGUGUAUAAACAAAAGAGCUUGUGUAAGACUUUCAGCCUCGAGAAGUCUGAAUCUCCAUACUGUACCUUUUUUUUUUUUUUUUUUUAAUUUCUUUUCUCUUAUUCGCCUAGUUUUAGAAGUUUUUAAACUGUCUCUUUUGGAAAUGCAAUGUCUGUAGUUCUGUAAUCUAUAACUGUUCUGUAAAUAUUUGUAAUCUGUAAUUUACAGUAGCCUCACUCCAGACAUUGCAUAGGAUUACUGUUGUAAAACAAUGUAAAAAUCCAUGGAUUAUGAAUGGAUGUUGUGUUGCUGCCUGCAACAUCAGCAGAAGUAAAAGAUGGAAUAUUUCUGCCUCACCUACUGAA